AUGGAUAAACUCGAUAAAAUAAUUGCCUAAUUAGAUGAAUUGGAAAUUAGUCAAAAGCACAGAGAAGAUUUGAUUAAGCGCAAUCAAAGUUCCUAAAUACUAAAGUUACCAAAAGUAUGAUCGAAUGAGUAUUAUAGGUGAUUCUAAUUCAAAGAAUUUGUGGAUUUUUAGAUGAUUAGGAUCUAUAUAGAUUUACAGCUACUUGUUCAUCAAUGAGAAAGAUAAUGUUUUGUCCCUUGGGAUUUAAAUUAUUGACCUUGAGUCGAAAUGCACAACAUAUUGUUGGGGGAUCCAAAUAGCAAUAAUCACAACUCAAGAAAGAAAAAUAGGAUGUUGUUUCAAGCGGGAGCAUUUCAGGGAAUAAUAGUGUAUUUGAUUCAGAAGAAGAUGCAUUGGCUCAAUUAUAAGCCUUGAAAUCGGUGAAGGAAUUCUUAACUUCUAAAUUGCAAUCCUCAUAAGCGCAAAUAUAAAACUUGGAGGAUUUGAUCACUGAUUCAUCAGACACAUUGAAAUACGAGAAAUCAGUGAAUUUGAAAUUGCAAUCCAAAAUCAAUAUCUUGCAAAACCAACUCUCCAUUUCUGAAUUGCAAAGACAAGAUGUUAAGGAAAACCUAUCUGAAUUAAAUUCUAAAUACAAUAAAAUAGUAAUUCUCAUUUCAAACUUAGAUUAGCCAAAUGGAACAGGACAGGAUGGUGAUCCAAGAUGAAAAAGACAAAUUGUUGGGUCACAAGAAGGUACUUAUCCAAGAAGUCUAUCGAUUGAGAGGAUAGGUUUCGCAAAUGGAAGAGGAUCAAAACAACUACCAAUCAGCUCUAAAAUAAGUUAAAUCCUUUAUGGAUACAAUUGAAUUGAAACCAAUUUGA